CAUUUUGUUUUCUUUAAACACUUCACUCUCUCUCUCUCUCUCUCUCUCGCUCAGUCACUCUGUGUGUUUAACAAGUUGCUUGCUUAACCCAGUACCCACACCUCAACAAAGUGACUUCGGUGAGUCACAAAUUCCUUCAGGCCUUCACCUCCAUCGCUCAUCAAGAAUCAAGACCCACUUCGGCAUCACCCUUUGAAGCAGCUUUUUCACCGUUGUGUUGAUCGGUAACUCCACAAUUCUCAUAAAGAAUCAAGACCCAGUUCACUUUGGCAGCACCCACGGCAUGCAGCGGUGCUAGGGCUCGAUCGGUGAUGAUAAUAGCUUUUGAGGGCGCCAAAUCUAAAAGCUGUGUAAAGUGACUCCAACAUUAUUUUUGUUGGAACCCAAAUCUCUGUUCCUUGUUUGCUGCAUAGUUUCUUGUUAGAGAAAGGGGCAGAAUAGAAAGUUCAAGAAAAAGUAGUAGUUGUUGAAGAAAGAGCACAACAAUGGCUGUAAGAGUGGAGAGGAUGAAGCUGGGUUCACAGGGACUGGAGGUUUCGGCACAAGGUCUGGGCUGCAUGAGCAUGUCCCCUCCAAAGCCCGAAAAAGACAUGAUUGGUCUCAUCCAUCAUGCCAUAAACAGUGGUGUCACCUUUCUCGAUACUUCUGACAUCUACGGCCCUCUUACCAACGAAAUCCUCAUCGGAAAGGCUUUGAAGGGAGGGGUAAGAGAGAAGGUGGAACUGGCCACAAAGUUUGGUAUUACCGACAAGGGCAUCCGUGGUGAACCAGAAUAUGUGAGAGCAGCUUGUGAGGCCAGUUUGAAGCGCCUUGAUAUGGAUUGUAUUGAUCUCUACUACCAACAUCGCAUCGACAACCGCGUUCCCAUUGAAGUCACGAUGGGAGAACUCAAGAAAUUAGUUGAAGAGGGUAAAAUCAAGUACAUAGGUCUAUCUGAGGCCUCUUCUUCAACAAUAAGAAGGGCACAUGCGGUUCAUCCCAUAACAGCUGUGCAGUUAGAGUGGUCUUUGUGGACUAGAGAUGUGGAGGAAGAAAUAGUUCCUACUUGCAGGGAACUAGGCAUUGGGAUUGUGGCAUACAGUCCUCUAGGACGAGGGUUCUUUUCAUCUGGGGCUAAGAUUGUUGAAAAUUUUACCAAUAAUGACUUCCGAAAGACCCUACCCAGGUUCCUACCUGAAAAUCUGGAGCAUAACAAAACCAUAUUUGAGAAUGUUAAUAAAAUGGCAGCAAGGAAGGGCUGCACCUCAUCACAGCUAGCUCUGGCUUGGGUUCAUCACCAAGGGAAGGACGUGUGUCCCAUACCCGGAACCACCAAGAUGGAAAACUUCAACCAAAACAUUGGAGCUCUAUCUUUGAAACUGACACCAGAAGAAAUGGCUGAACUUGAAUCAUAUGCUUCUAAGGAUGCUGUGAAGGGUGAAAGAUAUUUUAGUAACAUUCCAACUUGGAAGGAUUCUGAAACUCCACCACUUUCUUCAUGGAAAGCUGCAUAAACACAAGUCUUAUGCUGUGUGUCAAUAAGGAGUUUCAUGGAGUUCUGUCAAUUGAAGUGUGUUUCAGUUUGGGUUGAGUUCCUGACUUCUUAAAGAAUAAGUCCAUUGUAUUGGGGUGGGUAUGUUAUCAUGUUUGAUCUUGUGAAAAUCAGAGCCUAAAAUGUCUCAUGUAGACACAUACAAUAAUACCAUAUAUAUGACUAAAUUUUCGCAAGCAUAUUGAACUUUUAUAACAAAUGGGGGCUGUUUAUUA